UUUGGUAAUAAGGUCACGUCACAGCUUUCAGUUUCUAACAGAACCUAAAGCAAAAACAUAACAAACCUCACUUCUUCUCUUUUGUCAAAUUUCAAAUUCUGGUCUGCAAAAAAAAGACCAGAAAUUUUUGUAUCAGUAAAAAUGGGCGAUUCCGAGAAAUUGACGGCUUUGAAGAGGGCAUAUGCUGAUAUAAUCCUCAACACGGCGAAAGAGGCUGCUGGGCGUAUUUUGGCGUCUGAGAGAAAAGCUCUUCGGUAUGAGAGGGAGCUCUUAACGACUAAAGAAGAGGCGCUUCAGAUGCUUCUUAGGCUUAAAGGGACAUUAGAUUCUAAGAUCAUCGAAGCAGAUAAAGCAUCUCUGAGUCAGCAGAGAAAGAUUGAUGAGCUCGAAGCUCAAUUGCAGGAAGCUGAGGACAUAGUGAGAGAUCUCAGAGAAGAGUUGAGUGAAGUGCAGGCAGAAUUGGAGAAGACAAAGAAAAACCAAGCACCAGCUAUGGAUGAGCGAAAUUUAGGCGGAAUUACACAUGAUAAUGGAGUUUCUUCAAGAAAUAACCAAGCACGGUCUUUGAUAGAGCAAAAUCUAGAGGGUGACACUACUACACACGAAAAAGGACUGUACAUCCCUAAUUCUAUUGUUUCUCAGCCUAAUUCACAACUAGAACCAGCCACAAAUUCUGGCACAAGCGAAAUGUUGAAUGGAAGAUUUGAAGGCAUAUGUUACAGGACAGAUGAUUCUCACAUGGAUCAUUGCUACAAUGAUAACCCCAAUUUUUCCUCCUUAGCGAUGAGAAGGAAAGAGCCUGAGCUGUACAAAAACGGGUGUACUCAGAGAAUUCGUGCUUCUGAAAGAAAUAUGUUGGAUGGAUAUUUAUCUGUUUCCAAACUAAAUGAUGAUGCAAAAGAUGGAACAUUCAUUGGAAGAGAUGAGGAAAGCAAAAGGAUACAUGUAAUGUGUACCUCAAAGAAUGAAACUGAUGCGGCACAGGAAAACCAAUAUGAACCCAAAGUGACCCAAAUAGAUUAUAGUCAUGUCCUAAAAGUACCCCACAAGUCGAUUCGGAAUAAGAGGAAAAGAGCAGCUAGAUAUGAAAAAACUAAAGUUCUUCAAUGCAAAAAUCUUCUCCAUCAUCAAGGUGAGGAAAAUGUUCAAAAAGUGUGUCCUACACUUGAUGAUGAAAAUCAGUUGGUUAAUUCUUGUGAGAAAAUGACAGGGAAAGUUCUUAAAGAGAUACUUUCAGCUCCAUCCCCAAAAUUAAGAACUGAAAUGAGUACACAGUCAGGAUGUGCAAAAGCUACAGAAAGUCUUGUGGAGUUUGUUAAACCCUGUAGUCUUCAGAGGGUAACUAAUGAAGAUAAGGUGGCAAUUAACAAAUCAAACUUGACCAGAGAGGAAAGUUUAUUAGCGAAAUUUGAGGUUCCAGCUUGCAAAAUAGAUCUUAAGAAAGAUAAUGAAUCAGAAGGUAAAUUGGAUGCUAAAGUAUCUGACUUAGAUGAUGGCGUGGCAAGUCCACCUCUAAGUAGUAGGUUUCUCAAGUAUACAUUUCAAAGAAAGCGGAAGAGAGAUGCUUUAAGCAGUCCUGAACAAAAUAGUUCUUUGAAACAAAACACAGCUGAGAAACAGAAUGGUUCUUCAGAGCCAGAAAACUCUAGCUUGGUAACUGAAUCACCUCGGGACAGUCGACGACUGGCACAAGUUGCUCGUCAGCUUAUUUCUUUGUCAGAGAAGAAGUGGUGGUAACAAAGGCUAAGAGGACAUUUCCUGAUAAAACCAGACUCAAAUCUCUCUACUGCGGAAGGUUUUUGGUUAGGAAUAGGUAGAGGCAUCGUUUAAGAUGAUGAGUUGUAGAGGAAGUAACUAAUUUAGUAUAUCAUUAAUUACAAUUAUUGUAUUUCAAAUCUCUUUCUCAAAAGUCAAUAGUCAAAACAGUGAAGUUAAAUUCUAUUGGGCAACUUCCAUUCUUGGAUAGUUUCUCUGAGUGAGUGGUAUAUCAAUAUAUUGCAAUAUUCCCAUUGUUGUAUUACUUGUGGCUGUGCCUCUGGUUUAAACACAAAGUAGUUUUUCCCCUUUCGUUGACCCCACAUGUUUUGGGUUGACUUUUAAUUGAGUAUUAGCGUGAAAUCUUUGAAAAAAAAAGGUUAAAAUUAGUAGCAAACAUACAAUAUUUUUAUA